AGAGAGGAGGCGGUGUCUGGUGACCGAGGAGGAGGAGGAGAAAGCUCCCGGUCCGCGCGUCCUCUCAGCUCCCUUUUUUCUGCCGUCAAUCCUACAAGCAGUCGGGUACCACCGGAGUGCCCGGGGCUGUGGACUUAUUUUUUCCCCCGGGAAUCGGAAGUGGACGCAAACAAAACUAUCCCAGAAGAUGUUCUUCUUUCUGCUACCUGUCGUGGCUCUCUUGCUGAGCAGAGAAACGGCGGUCUCCGGUAACAGUAACGACAAAUGGCUGAGCACCGUGGCUCAGUACAACAAGGACAGAUCCUGGAACAGAUUCAGAGAUGAUGACUACUUCAAAAGCUGGGCUCCUGCCAAGUCUCUAGACCAAGAGCGAGAGGCUGAACCUGGCAGAUAUGGAGACCCAGGAACUACAACUCACUCCAGCUUACCCAAGAAGACAGUUCAGGAUGGUCCAGACGCCACCAAGGACCCCUGUCUGAAGGUGCGCUGCCCUCCUCACAAGGUGUGUGUCAGCCAUGACUACCAGACAGCCAUCUGCACCAAUCGCAAGCAGCCAACUCACAGUGUGAAACCCAGGAAAGGCAGUGCAGGCCACAAGCACAGGCUUGAAGCUGGUGCUCAUGGGAAAUGUAGGCUCUGCUCGGCGAUCCAGUCAACUCCUGUGUGUGGAUCUGAUGGACACACGUACUCUUCUAAGUGUAAGUUGGAGUUCCAGAGCUGUCUGUCUGGGAAGACGAUCUCAAUAAAAUGUGAUGGGCUGUGUCCCUGUUUGCCUGGUCAGGAGCUUACCAAACAACCACAUAAGACUGAAAAGGCUGCCUGCACUGACACAGAGCUUCACAGUCUGGCUGCCAGACUGAAGGACUGGUUUGGAGUUCUCCACCUCGAUGCCAACAGAGACCUCAAAUCCUCUGACAGCUUCGACUCUGCCACUGGACACUUUGACACCAGCAUCUUGCCCAUCUGUAAGGACUCACUGGGCUGGAUGUUCAACAAACUAGACAUGAACUUUGACCUCCUGCUGGACCAGUCAGAGCUGAGUGCCAUUUACCUGGACAAGUAUGAGCUGUGCAUGAAGCCCCUCUUCAACUCCUGUGACUCCUUCAAAGAUGGAAAGCUUUCUAACAACGAGUGGUGCUACUGUUUCCAGAAGCCUGAGGGACUGCCCUGCCAAACUGAGAAGAGCAGGAUCCAGAACCAGAGUCGAAGGAAGAGCCUCAUAGGCUCUUAUAUUCCUCGUUGUACUGAGGAGGGAUACUUCAAAUCAACCCAGUGUCACGGCAGCACCGGCCAGUGUUGGUGUGUGGACAAAUAUGGCAAUGAGAUUGCUGGCUCCAGAAAACAAGGCAACCCCAACUGCGAUGAGGACCAGGAGACAUCGGGGGAUUUUGGCAGUGGCGGGGCAGUCAUUCUCCUCGAUGACCAGGAGGAGGAGCCAUCACAGAGCGGACGGAGCCGGCAGAAGAAGAGACGGGGCCGGAUUCACCCCAGAGGAGCCAUUGAGGACGAUGAGGACGAGGAAGAUGAUAAGGAUGACGAGAUCGGCUACGUUUGGUAGCUCCACUCCAUUUUAAUCUGCCAUCAGCCGACCAGGAAACUCCGUUAACUCAGCUCAGAUCUGAAGCCAUUCCAAUGUCUCCUCCUCCAGUUACCGUGGCAGCAGUCCAUUUUUUUUGGCUCCUGAACUUGCUCUUCUAAUCCCUGUCCCUUAUCCAUAUCUCUCUCUUCAGUGAACCUCAUCUGACCUCUUCCUUUUCAAGUGUUUCGCUCUUUCCUCAGACAGAAAACAGAGAGCCUAUUAGAUUUCACCAACAACUGUCGAGACCCUGUCAGAUAUCUGCUCAAGCUGUCCACUUUCUGCUUCUGCCUUCCCCCCAACUUGCAAUCUUUAACCUCUUCUAACAUGGACUCACUUCUCUAUUUUCUCUAUCACUCCCUCUAUCUCCUCCUUUCCGUCGUUCUGUCCCUCUCUCCUAUCUCUGUAUGUCCAUGUCAGAGCCUCUGGUAAGUCUGUGAGCCCAGAUACAUUAGCUGAUGUACUGGAUGUAAAUAUGUUUCCUCCAGGAAGGCCAGAUUGUGGAUUAUCUUCCCUGUACCUCCAUCAGCGAUUCAUUUUCAUGUUCUGUGUUCCACCGUUGGGCUCCUUCCAGUGUUCAAAGAUGUUUCCACAACACGGUCCCAGGCUCUGAGAUGCUCCCCCUCUCUCUGUUAUUUUAUGGAGGAUUGUAAAUUAUUUAAACGUUGAUCUUGAAUGUCCCAGAAAGCCCAGGAAGCAAUGAGAUUAAUGAUGUAUUGUCGUUGUUGUUGCAUGUUUCUCAUCGUGUUUCUGUAAAAGAGAGAUUAACCUGGCCAGGUCUAGCUCUAUGCAUCUCAAACAGAAAGUGAUGCCUAUUUGGCUGCUACAAUACUUUGUUGCUAUGUUGAUGCUGUCUAGUGUCUUUUUGGUUCUUCUCCCAAUCUCAGGAGGUAGGAAGUUGCAUUGCAGAGCGAUAGCAGUGUAGAAAAGCGAACUGCAAUGCCUACAGUCCAAAUCUGUGGUGUCUCAACCAGCUAUGCUUUUACUAAUUGGUCAGUAGGGCUGCUGAGACUGUGCAAGGACACUAGAGGAAGAAGCUGCUCCUGAGCUGGGAGGACAUAUGAAGUCGGGCGUGCAGAGAAGAGGCUCUGUUCUGCCUCCCAACAUUGGAUAUGUUCAGUGAUUUAAAAUUGAAAUCUCACCAUGUCAACUAAGUGAAUUUUUAUUUGUAACUUUGAAAAUUUAAGUAAAGUGGCACUUUGGGUGUCUUUUGAACCUUA